UGUGCGAGUGCGUGUCCAGCGUCCCUAACCCCCCAAAUCUCCAAUUGAAACCUAGCUCAGUACUCAAUAGCUCUCUCUUCUCCAAAUCUCUCCAUCUGCGCACCUACCACCCAGCCACGGAGCCAGCCACCCACGUCAUUGAGUCUCCACACCUGUGACACCCACGUUUCUCCCAAGUCCCACCACUGUGAAGCCUUCGUCGAAUCCCAACACUGAAGCCUUCCUCUUCGCGGACAGAGCAGAGAUCCUCCCAAGUCCCACCACCGCGAAGCCUUCCUCUUCAACCCAGCACGCCACCCACUGACCCAGCAGGCUAGCAACAUGCCACCACCCACUGACUCAACAGGGCAGCACAGCACCACGCUAGUGAGACGCCACCAACUAGCAACAUUUCUGGGUUCUGCCCACGAUCAUCAGUUCAACCCAACACCUUCCAGUCUCCCACCCAGCCUUCCUCCCAAGUCAAUAUGGAACCCGAGCCACCAAUUCAGGAUAUAAGAAGAGAACUUGAAAUCAAUAUAAUUGAUGAACAGAAGGUGCAAUUGUCUAAGCCUCUCUCUGUUGUUGAUGACGAGCUUGUUCCGAAGGUCAGAAUGACCUUUAGGACCCUUGAAGAUGUCGGAAAAUUUUACAGGAACUACGCCAAGGCUGCAGGUUUCUCUACAAGAGUUCGGUGCACAAAUAGGAAGGGAAACGAGAUUAAGAAUCAACUGAUUACAUGUAGCAGAGAGGGAAAAUGGAAAUCUAAAAUAUCUCCAACCGAGAAGACCAAUCCGACAGCCGGGAGCAAGCAGAGAGAGAAUCAGAUGCUGCAGAUUUUCAUACGGUCAUACCGUGUGCAACCAAAUCCUCCAUCGAAACUCAGUUUCAAGAUGUGUACACCCAAGCAAAGUUUAGGGAAGUCCAAGCCCAAUUCAGAGGAAAGGCGAAUUGCAUCACCAGAUUAA